UGUACUCUCUGGGUCACUUGUGAAAACAUACGCGUGUAUUGUAGCUCGGCAUCAAUUUAUAAAAGGACUUUUUCUUAAUACCAGACUGCAAGGUUUUCCAAAAUGCACCCCAUCAGCCAGCUCUCUCUCCUCAUAGCACUGCUGCUUAUUGAAGUCAAUCCUGGGUCCUCAGUUCAGGAGAUCCAAACCAGUCACGAGACCAUCAGCAAAAUCAAUGCUGCUGGAGAAAUGAUGAAGUGCUCUACUGCUAUGGAUGUUCUAUUCCUUAUGGAUGGUUCCUACAGUAUUGGGAAGGGCAGUUUUGAGAGAUCCAAGCACUAUUCUCUCAAGCUGUGUGAGGGGCUGGAUAUAGGGCCAGACAAGGUGCGUGUGGGUGUUAUUCAGUUUGGCUCUUUACCACGACUGGAGUUUUCUCUUGACUCCUACACCAACAAGCCUGAGUUACGGAAAUUCAUUAAGAAAAUAUCUUACAAAGGUGGCAGCACACAGACGGGUCUGGCUUUGAAGUACAUUCUGAGAAAAGGGUUCCCAGGUGGCCGGAACACCAGCCUUCCCAGGAUGGUCAUCCUGCUGUCUGAUGGGAAGUCACAGGGGGCUGUACAGGUUGCGGCCGACAAACUCAAGCAGACAGGAGUCACUUUAUUUGCAGUCGGCAUUCGCUACCCAAAGUGGGAGGAGCUUCAUGCUCUAGCCAGUGUGCCCAUGGAAAAGCAUGUGUUCUUCGCCGAGCAAUUCCACGACGCGAUCAAUGGGCUGUAUACCUCUCUCACCACCAACUCUGUCUGCACUGCCAUGCCCACUGGGUGCCAGGCUGAGUCUUACCCGUGUGAAAGGAAAACUCUGGAGACCGUCAAAGAGCUGCAGGGGAUUUUUAUGUGCUGGAAAGGAGGCAAACGGUAUACUCCCUAUACCUCCCUCUGCCCUUAUUACAGAUGGAACACUGCUUACAAGAAGCAUCAGACUGUCUGCCAUCGGACUAUAUGCCCAGACCCCUGUGACUCCAAACCUUGUUUGAACGGGGGGAUGUGUUUUUCUGACGAGGUGGAGGGGUACCGUUGUGUAUGUCCACCAGGCUAUGGAGGACACCCCCAAUGUGCCCCAAAGAUGACAUUGGACUGCUCUGUGGAUCUUAUUUUCCUCAUAGAAGGUUCUACCACUCUUACGCAGGAGGAGUUCCUGCGCCUCAAGAACUUUCUGAAGCGCUUCUUGCAAUCCGUAAUGGGUAACGACACCCCCGUAAAUGUGGGACUGGCAGUGUAUGGAGGGGAGGCUCACGUGGAAGUCCAGGUGGGCAAGUUUCAAGGGGAUGUCAGGGGUCUCCUAAAAGCUGUGGAUGGUCUUAAGCCCUCAGGUGGGCCAACACGGACAGGUAACGCGUUGCACUAUGUGACGCGGCAUGGCUUCAAUAGUGCGAGAGUGUUUGCCGAUGUUCAGGACGAUCUCCCACGUGUAGUAGUACUUCUCACCACCACCCCUGCCGCAGACGAGGUGGUUGAGGCCGCCAAGUAUGCGCAGGACCAGGAAAUCUUCCUUAUAGGGGUAGGGCCGGAUACACUCAAAGAAGAGCUGAACAACAUAACAGGGAACCCCCAACGCACGCUCACCUACCCAUCCCUCGAUAGAUUCAAUGCCAAAAUCCCAGAGCUCAGGGCCAAGAUCUGCAGCGUCGACAGUCAAGGCUGUCUGCGUCAGGCAAUGGACCUGGUGUUUGCCUUGGAUGGCUCGACUGGUGUAGGCAAGGAUAACUUUGCUACACUCAGGGACUUUGUCCGCAGCGUCAGUGUCCAGUUAGACAUCAACCGCGACGUGGCCCAAAUGGGCCUGGUGGUUUAUGGCCGUCGGCCGGUCACUGUCUUUGACCUCGACACUCACGACUCAGGCUCAGCCGUGCUCAAGGCCAUCGCUGGAGCAACCUACAUGGGCGGCUCUGCCUCUACGGGCUCGGCACUACUCCACAUCCAUUCCAAGGUGAUGACGGUCAGCAAUGGGGCACGGCCUGGGGUCAACAAGGCCGUCGUUGUGCUUACAGAUGGCGCUGGAGGGGACGACGCAGCUGUGCCUGCCCAAAAGAUCAGGGACAGUGGUGUGCCCGUGUUUGUCAUUGGGAUUGGGGACGCGCAGAGAGAUCGACUGCUGAGUAUCACGAGCGCGGAGGAACACCUGAUUUUGGUGCCAUCUUACGAGGACCUGAAGUACUUUGAGGAUGUGCUGGUGCAGAUGGUGUGCUCAGAGGUGAAGAAGCCUGUGAACCUGUGCAAGCCCAACCCCUGUAUGAAUGACGGGGACUGCAUUCUAUCAGGCGGGGGUUUCAGCUGUCAAUGUCGAGGCUAUGAGGGCCCACAUUGCGAAACACUAGCAGGUCUUCAUCCAGGGGAGAUCUUCCUAGGCCUUCAGGACUCCAGAAAAAGAACAGACAAAAAAAGAGCCAUCGAGAGCUACUGCAACUCUACACAGUAUACCACCAGAGACACACAUCAGGGGCAACCUAACACACACAAACUUACUUUUAAAGGAAUAAAGGGAAUCAUUUUGGGGAAAGCAGGUGCACAUCAUCAGAUUCAAAGUCGCAGAAUGUCAGUAUCCUAACAGUAAAUGUCCUUUGCUGUAAUUGUCUCACCUUUGACCUUUCAAAUAUAUCUGCAUUACCCAUCAUCAUAUUUAAACUCAAGAGGUAGACUCUGGUGGUGUAUCAUCAAGGCUUGGGUUUAAAUACAUUUUGAAAUCGGACAAAUACAGAACUUAAUUUUCCUUUACCCUGGAGGAUAUUUCAUUCAUUUUUACGCUUUAAUGGAUACAGACAGUGUUUGUUUUUUCUGUGCAGUGGGCCAGUUUCAAACCCAUGCUGAAGCAUGACAUAUGGAGCGUAGGCUUUGGCUUAGACCACUGGACCACAGAAAACUUUAUACAGAAAAUGUUUCACACUCUGCUAAUUGCUGUUAUGGUUCUAAUGCACAGUUGCAAGAAUGUUUGAGAACACUUUUGAAUUAAAUGCAAACCUGCAUAAAUUAUUCCUAAAAUAUAGGCUGAUCUUUGCCUACGUCAUAAAAAUAGAUGAAUACAGUUUGAUUUAACAAAAAUGUGUCAUGUCACCAAUGAACACAUUGGAAUACGUUGUCAGCACUCUGCUAGUUGCUGGAAUAAGUAGGUGAACCUCAAGGAUGAUGACUUGUACCAAAGUGGGUAAUUGAAGUCAUGUGUUCCUAUCAAUAAGAUGACAUUCAGAUGUGGGUGAUUAACACAUCUGAAUGUACCCCUCCACUAAGGCUGAAUAACAAAAAAAGUGUCCUUCAAAACUGAAAAAAAAUCUGACCUUUGUUAAAUCACACAGCGUGAUGUUCAGAGUAUAUUUUUAUACAUUUAUACAGGCAAUUCCAAAGGCAUCACAAGUCUUUUCUCGCAACUGUACGUCAUGCUUCAGUUUUCAAAUAAGCUGAAGAUAUUGUCAGCAUUGUGUAUAACAGUGCCCUCCCAGUUCAGUACUGCUCUAUAAUAAAGCUUGGAUUGAAUCAUGGCCUAAACCCAUAAUGUUUUACUUUAAGUGCCUUGACUCCAAAUAAUUAUGAUAGUAAUGAUAACUUAGUACUUGUUAUUUCAGUAAUCUUCCUGCUUACCAUCCCACUACAGAACAUCCAGAUGUCAAACAUUUCUCCUUAUAUAAUUUCUUUUGUGGUCUGAAGAAUCAGGGGCUGCCAAACAUGCAAGGAAAACACAUUUGAUAAUUAUUUAUUUUUCAUUAUAGUUCCAUUGGUACUUUCUUAAUAUUUCCUGGUGGUACAUUGUUAUUUCAAAAACUAAACUAAACAAAAUUGUGAAUACCUGAAUAAAUGGGUAAACUGUUUCAAUACAAACCCUUCAGAGUCCCAAAGAAUGCCAACAACAAUUUACAAGAAGAAUAUUCUCAUAUUGUACAAUGUUACUAUUUAACAAUGAAAUUAACAAGUACAUUUUGUAAAUACUGUAUUAUACUGUCAUAAAUGUGCUUCAUUCUGGAAAAUCAAUGCGUAUGAAUUACAACUUUGUUUAGCCAUUUAAAGUUGUCUUGCAUUUCUGGCUCUUUUCCCAUUAUGUUUUCCCAUUAUGUUUUCUCUACAUCAUCACAGUUCCACUUUCUCUAUUCCUAUAUUUAUUUUCAUCAUGUCUCUUUUAUGACUGAUAUAUAUAUAUAUAAGUAUAUAGUGAACUUGAAAUGUAUUUGGAUAGUCAAAAAGAAAUCUUGGCUCUGUAUUCCAGCCCUUUGUAUUUUUUAUUAUAAAAUGACAAUGGGGUUAAAGUGCAAACUGGUUGUUUCUGUACAAAUCAGAAUUCAUCCUGCUGCUGACGUCAGCAGUUACUUCAUCAAGAAAGACCUUUGGCCUUUAUCUGGUGAAGUCUUCUAUAGAUGUUAGUGGCUGACACAUCAAAGCCUACUUCCUGGAGAGUAUUUCCAAUCUGAGUUUAGUUUUUUCCUUAUUUGAGGUAAUCAUUCUAGACUAGAUAUUCAAAGCUCUCUUGUGCAUUCACUAACAUGGCAAACAAAUACAUCUGCCUAAUAAGAACCAGCUGUGAAUGACAAAAUGUGUCAAUUACUAAAGGCAAUUCUAUACUUUAACCCUAUAUAAAUGGUAUAAUUUAAAUGGGUUGAAAUACAGAGCCAAAAAAAAUUUACUGGACAAAUACUUUUAUAGAUCUCUGUAUAUAUUUUAUGAAAUAAUACUUUCUUUGCCUGACAAAUAUCUAUUUCUCAUUUAC